AUGGGAGACCCGGGCGCCCAGAAGGUCGAGGCGGGGCUUCGGCUGCUGACGGUGGACGAUGUCGGAUACCUGAAGGUAAUCGAGGCGCCAUCGUAUGACAUGAUGGCGAAGGCGUCGGUGGUGAAGCGCUACGGCGAGCCGAGCAAGGCGCGUGGGUACACGGCGGCGGUGGUGGGCCAGUGCGGAGGCUCCCUGGACAGCGUGUCGGGCAGCGACGUGGUGGUUGCCGCGGCGCGUGCGGGCGGGACGAUCGAAGUGCGCUGCGGCGAGGUUCCGGAGCCCGGCGGCGCGGUCCUCGCGCGCGCCGCGGACGCCCCGUCGCGGGAGGAUGCUCGCUCUGUCGGACUGGACAUCCUGUGGCACAAUAACACCCCCCGCGUGGCGUCGCUGGCGCGGUACGGCGGGAUCCGCGUGCACGAGCGGCGGGGGCCGCCGGGCGAGGACGGCGCCGCGGAGUGGAAGGAGACCGCGGCGUGGGGCGCGGGCUGCGAGAGGGCGGAGGCCCUGACAGCGAUAGCGGCGGGGGGGGUCUGCCACGUCGGCGCGGGCGGCGAGGGCGCGGAACUCAAGGUGUGGGACCUCGCGCGCGUGCCCGGUCCGGGCAGCACCACCGCGAAGGCGGAGCCGCAGUUCGCGGCGCGCCCCUCGAAGCCCGACAAGACGACGUUGCUCUCAGAUAAGGCCUGGGUAUCUGCGGCGAAAUUCGUGGGCCUCGAGUGCCCCUCGCUGGUCUUCACGGGGUCUGGUGGCAGCUACGGCAAGUACAAGGUCCGGCUCUACGACAUGAGGGAGAAGCGGCGACCGGUGCGCGAGCUGGCAUGGGGGGAGUCCCGCAUCACAGCCCUGGCGCCGCGCAGCGACGGGCGGGCGGUCUGGAUGGCCAACGGCGCGGGCAACGCGUCCCUGUGGGACCUGCGCGCGGGCGGGGAGGGCCUGAGUCAGGUCCGAGGGAAUCUGCGAGGGUUGGCGGGGUCGGUGCGGAGCCUGGCGCUGCACCCGGAGGGCCGCGGGCUGGUCGCGUCGGUCGGGCUGGACCGCUUCCUGCGCGUGCACGACACCGGCACGUGCAAGCCGCGGACCAAGCUGUAUCUGAAGCAGCAAAUGUCGGCCGUGUGCUGGUGCCCGGUGGACGCCGCGAAGGCGGCGGCGGCGCUGCGGGCCGCGGAGGAGGCUGUGGGCGCCGGCGGCGGCGCGCAGCAGGGCGAGGAUGCGGAGGGGGAGUAUGAGGAUGAGUCUGACGUGGAGGUGCCGGACGAGGACGAGGUGGGGGAGUUGGAGAGCAGCGAGGACGAGGGCGACGGGGCCGCGGAGGAGGAGGUGGCGGAGUUCGUUGCGUGCGAGAAGUUCGCGGGGAGGCGCGCGGGGAUGGUGUUCAAGAGGGGCAAGGAGGGGUUGGGGUAUUACCGUGACGACAAGCCCGUGCCGACGUUCAGUCUGAAGUCGGUGAAGAAGGGCGGUGCGGUCGGCAAGGCCGGGGGAAAGCGGAAGGUGGAGGCGGGGGGCGCGGGCGGGAACAAGAAGGAGCGCAGGACGAAGCAGAAGUGA